CCCUUGCCGCCCUGCGGUGCCGGGGCCUGUGGCACCCACAGGCGCCAGCAUGGGAGCUGCCCCCGUGCCCCUCGGCACCUCCCACCGGUGUGCCCAGGGCUGGAGCCGGCACCUGCAGCCGGCGGCGGGAGGCCGGCUGACAGCACCCACGCCACGGGCUCCUGCCCUCCCCCAGCCCGGAGGGGCUGGAGCCCUGCACCCAGCCGUGCUUUGCUGCCAGCUAACCUAUAAUUAAGGAAGAAAGUGCGAAGGACAGCAAAACAAGAUGUUGGUGCUGUCUAACAACACAGCCCUGAAUUCACUCCUCUCCAAGCUGCUUCAGGACUACCUGGAGCAGGCAAAUAGCUCUGCACCUUCCCAGGUCAGAAGUGCCAGCAGCAACCUGGAAAUCAUCUACGUGCUGCUGAUGAUCGGCCUCUUUGGCUUCUUCACAGUGGGAGUCAUGCUGACCAACAUCCGCGCCAGGAGGCUGGAGGACUCCCGCGACCCCUACAACACCUACAUUGCCACGGACAUUUGGCACAAGAAGGACAGGGAGUAUUUUCAAGCCAAGAUCAUAGAAAACUACAAGCUGUGCUGUGUCUUUGAAAACCAGCUGGCCGUGGAGCAGCCAAGCACACAGAUUCCAGAGGUGAAGUCUUCCUAGCAAAAGGGGAGAAAGGAUUGCACUUUGCACAGGGACAACCCGACCGACACCUGGUAUGAACCAGGCUAGCUGCUUGCCCGUCUGCAGAGCCGCAGGCACUGGCCUCAGUCAGGCUAAAUAACUGUAAACUGAUGGUGAAGCUGAUGGGUCUGUGAUGGCCCUGGUGCUGCAAAAGUGCCCGGCCACCAGUACCUUGCUGCAGUCACUGUAAGGUCGAGGAGGGGGGACACGCAGAGGGGGUAUCAUGGACUCAUCAGCUUCACCUAGCAAAAAAAGCAAAUGUUAGUGUUGCCUGUGUGAACGCUUGCAGUAGUCCAUGUAAUUAAAAACAAACUGGAUCAAACACAAGCUAGAGGCGUUAACUGCCAAGUGUGGUUUAGGCAAUCAUUUUCAAGUAAGAAAGACCAGUUUCUUCCAAGAAAAAGUAGCCAAAAUAUUUCAUUUGCAUUUUCGUCCAGCAUAGAAUAAUCUUUUUAUAAAUUGUACGGUGUUGUGGAUUACCUAUUUCUUUCAGAAUCAUGCACGUCUUUGAGAUAAAAUUUUAGAAAAAUAUUCCCAUUUUUUUCUGAAAACCAUUUCUGUGGAAAAAUGCAGACUUUGGAGCAAAUUUUUUUAGUGACUGUCCCUAAUUCCUAGCAGGUACCCCAGACCGGUGUUGAUGGCUUCUUUUGGUUUUCCUUCUCAUGGAUGGCGGUUGAUCCUGGCAGCAAUGUCCACUCUUAUACAAAGAUUCAGCAGCCCAUGGGGCCUAUGCCAUACAAGUGCGUAAUGUUUUGAAAGUGUCAGUCACAUUUAAUUAUUGCACAAGACCUAAGUGCAAGCCCUUGACUGGAAAGUGAAUUUCCACUCUGUGAAGAGCUGUUCCACAAAGUGUCUUAUAUUUAAUCACUGACACAGCUUAUGUCUGUGCUUAACUUAAAGCCCGUGAGCAGUUCCUCCAGCUCUCAAGAGCAGCCUCCCUCGGUAUAGCUGUUUAUCUAUUGCAGUAUCCAACGCGAGGUCCGUGCCAGCAAAGUUUUCCUGCCCUUGGCCUCCUUACUCCCUCCUUCGGCAGGCCGUGUCUGCCGAGCCACGGGGCUAUGGUGGCAGCCAAACACGGCUUCUGCGGCAGCAGCUAUCAUCUGUCUCUGUUAAAAGGGAGAAAUACGGUUCCCCUGGACAUUCUGUUACUCAAAAUAGCAACCUCGCCAGCUUGAAGCCUGUUUUCUUGUUUGGGAUCAAAGAAGCAGUGGUCUGGACAGGAGCGGGGGGGAGCGGUUAUUUCUGCUCUGCAGAUACACAUCCCAUUUUUAGCUAUUGGAGAGGAAAGAGAAGUGGGAGAGGCUUGAAAGAAAGUCAUGCAGAGCAGCCACUUCAAAGGCAAGGCGAGGGUAGAUAGCUACCCAAGUAUUUGGAUGGGCAAGCAAUACCAGUCACAGCAUAUCCCUUUUCCAUGCAUAGGUACUUCUUUAGCACUGCACUUUCAUUAAAGUAAUAUUCCAGCCAUGUUUGUGUUCCCAGAAUACUUAGGACAAUUAAAAAUGCUGGGUAUUUUUUUUAAAGAUAUUUAUAUGGUGCCUGCCAUUAAGCUGAGGACAAGAUACAUGUUUUCAGUGUCUUGAACAGCUUGGAAAAUCUCCAUUAGCUUAAUUAUCCAAGUUACUUUUCCCUCUAGACGAAUGUAAACCAAAGCCAAGCUUUGGAAAGAUGUUCACUUCCGAGCUUGGGCACUGCUCUUUUGGGAUCUCACCAUGCAGUCUGUUUAUUACUUGCAGUUCCCUCCCCCUGUGACAGUGCAAAUGCUCUUGCUUGCUGGCUCUCCAGAGGCAGGCCCAUGCAGCAUUGCCAACAAUGUUUAAACUUGCAUAAAAAAUGGCUUUUAAUUACAUUAAAACCUUUGAAUAUUAAGCUUGUUGAAAGGGCUCCCUCCCGCAGCUCCCCCUCCACCCCACGUGUUUUCAGGUAUUUUGGGUCUAGGCACUUGCUGGUCACCUUAUUUUAAUAGGUCCAGUGUAGUUAUUUGUGACAGGGGUAAUUGUCACCAUUAGUUGGCUUCCACUUUUUUUUUUUUCAGCUCUGCCAUUUUAUUUGUUUAAAAAAGAGGGGAAUGACUGUGCCUUAGUCACAACACUUUCCUGUGCCACCAGGCUACAAAUCACCCUUCAGUGUCAGUUGUGGACUCCCACUGUGGGCUUUCACAUUACCUUUCAGUCCUGUAGUUCUCCUUUUUCCCCUAUUUUUUCACUUGUACCACGCAAUAAAAUAUGAAUUACAAAC